ACGAAAGGACGCAAAAUUUAAAAAAUCUAAACCCUAGCAUAAAACUGCAAAUUUUCAAUUUGUUGUCGAACUUAUAAAUAAAUUCUAAUCUACUAUCUAGAUCUAGAUCUAGACUCUAAGUUUUAACUUGUCUUAAGUAGUCUAGAUCUAGACUUCUACAUCUACAAUAUUCAUGGUUUGGUUUUCUUCGAUGGCAAUCGAUUCACGAAAAGCACUGAAAAAAGCAGAAUCAGGAGCACAGUUGCUUGCUAGAUUGAGUACCCGACCAGACUUAACACCGGUUGACCCAUUUGUUUUUGGAAAUUUUUCUUCUCAUGGAUCCACCUGCUGUGGUCAAGUGGUAGAGCUGUAUGGGCCUGAGGGUAGUGGGAAAUCAGAACUUGCUCUUCAUUACAUCGCAAAGACUUGCCUGCCUACUCAGUGGAAAGGUUAUCCUCUUGGUGGUCUUGGCGCCAAAGUUAUUUUUAUUGACACGGAAUACAAGUUUUCAAUUCUAAGACUUGCGAUUGUUAUAGAAAAAUUGUUUUCAGAGAUGGUACAGCAAGGCUCCUCUUCCAGGAGGGUAUCAAACCAAAACAAAUGUGAAGCUUGCGGAGAAGACAUUAGCGCUCUUGAUAGUUCUGACACAUGCAAGAAUGGAUAUAUUAAAGUCAAAGCUGCAGUGUCAUCAGACGGUUUAAAGCAGUGUAAACAUAAAAACACAUCAAAAACAAAUCUAACUUGUCAACAUGGUGAAAAUGGUGCAUACAAAAGGGAUGUUACACCAGACUUAUCCAGAACUGAUGAAGGAACUAUACAGCCCACAGAAGGAACUGCAACUCUAUUGCUACAAGAGACAGAUGAGGUUGUACUAGAUGCCCUUGGGCGUGUCCAAGUGAUCAAGGUCCAAAGCACUCAGCAACUUCUGGCCACGCUGCUAUCUCUGGAACAUGCACUGUCCAGCGAGCCACAACUAGCCCUUGUCGUCAUUGACACCAUCUCAGCUUUCUACUGGUUGGACAAAGCCUUAGACCCCAGCAACUUCCACAGCACUGAGGUGAAAAUGGCACCCAUUGUUAAUGCCAUAUCUAAGUAUGUCUCAGAGCUUGGUGUUUCCUUUCUUGUCGUCAAGGAAGACGUCAUAGGGAAAAAGAAAAACUGGAACGACAAGGAAUACAUGCACAGCAAGAGUGAAGGUUCAAAACAGUCGGAGAAAGAAAAAGUUUUGUCUGAGCAUGUUCCGUAUUUGGGCAGGUCGUGGGAAAGUUUUCCGGUGAAGAGGAUUGUGUUGACGAAACAUUCAGACGUGAAGGACAGGAAGUUAUUGACUACUUGGUGUUCAGACUGGCCUGAUGGAAGGCGUUUUGUGUUUGUGGAUGAUGGCAUUAAGUUUCUUUAAUAUUCUGUUGGCUUAGCACUUGUUGAUAUAUUUCUGUACAUUUUUUAAAAAUGUGGUUUAUGAAGUUGUUUGAUGAAUAAAAGGCUGAAGAUGGUGUGAGGCUGUUGAUGUUGCAGUUAUUGAUGUUGUUGAUAAUAAAAAUCAGUAGGAUGUGGCUGAGAAUCCAGGGGAUGUGAAAUAGUGAAUUUGAUAAUCCAGGUGAUGGGGAUAAACUUGAUAAUCCAGUUGAAUUGUUAGAUGUUGAUAAUUCAGUAUUAUUCAGUUGAUGUGGUACUACUGAUAGAUAUGGUUGAUAAUCCAGUUGAGGUGGUAGAUGUGGUUGAUAAUUCAGGUAAAGUAGUUGUGGAAUUAAUUAAAAAAACCCUCAUGCUAUGAUACGCAAUAUAUUUGCAUUUUAUCAGAUAAACCAAGGCAGGUGUUGAAGGUUUAUAACCAAGGUACUUGUAAUUAAUUCUUAUACAUGGCUGUGUAGGAUGUUCUCCAGCUAGAGAUGAACAAGUCUUACUUUGUGUAGUGUGCUAUAAUGUGUGCACUCUGCCAUACUGAGUGUAUUGAUGUGUACUGUGUUCCCCUGCUACAGUUUGUCUUACUUUGUGUAGUUUGUUAUGAUGUGUGUAGUGUGCCAUACUGUUAGUAGUGUAUCCUAUUAUUUAUAGUUGUGCCAAUUGAAAUUUAUUCCAAUCACUUUCACCAUUCCAUUUCAUGCAGAUGGUUAAUCUUUGGUGUCUGCCAACAUAACUAGGUCAUCAUCUCAUUUAAAGUUUUAUAA